AUGCCAGAAAACAUGCCAUCCGAAGAGAUGUUCGACCUCUAUAGUGCGCCUGAUGCUCCAGCGAGCAAGCAGCAUCGCGGGGAAUGCAGCAAAGAGCCUCCGGCCAAGAAAACUCGCACUGAGAACCCUUCAGCAGCUGGUCCUUCGAAAAAUACAACACCACAUCCAUCUCCCCUCGAGCAGCAAACUCCACCUGCAUCGGUCGAGUCGACCCCUUCCCCACCGGCUCCUGUUGAUCAGACACAGCCAGCAACCCCUGUUCAAACAGGGGAUGACAUAUUGAGUUGCGCUCUAAGAUCGGCCAAGGACAGGAUGACUAGGAUCCUGAGGCACGAGCGCAGCCGAGAAGUCAUGGCUGGGACAGAGUCGAUGGAUGUCAACUAG